GACCCGACCGACACCAUUCUUGUUCCGGCCACCGACCGAGCGACACACACUCCUGGACGCCGCUCUGCAAGGACGCCUAGAACAUUCGCCUGAGAAGCACGCCGAGGAGUUCUGAAAUCUUUUGUCUCGUUUCCCUGUGUUAAUCCGCAAACCUGAAAAUGCAGAAGAUCAAGCUUCAAAGUUCUGACGGUGAGCUGUGCGAGGUGGAUGUAGAUGUAGCCAAGUGCUCCGUCACCAUCAAGACCAUGCUUGAGGACCUGGGAGUCAACGAGGACGAGGAGGAACUUGUGCCUCUUCCCAACGUGAAUUCUGUAAUCCUCAAGAAAGUGAUCCAGUGGGCGACACACCACAAGGACGACCCUGCUCCCCCCGAAGAUGAUGAAAACAAAGAAAAGCGCACGGAUGAUAUUUCAACUUGGGACGCCGACUUCUUGAAGGUAGACCAGGGCACCUUGUUCGAACUUAUUUUGGCUGCCAACUACCUGGACAUCAAGGGUUUGCUGGACGUGACCUGCAAGACUGUCGCCAACAUGAUUAAAGGCAAAACCCCUGAAGAAAUCCGGAAGACCUUCAACAUCAAGAAUGACUUCACCCCAAGCGAGGAGGAACAAAUCCGUAAGGAGAACGAGUGGUGUGAGGAGAAGUGAUGUUAUUUGACGACUGAACUUUUUUACUCUAUUGCAUUUCUGGAAAUGUUUCUUUGUUUGGCUUGUCAGUAGAAUUGCAAUUUAAAGUGACGAUUUUGACUGACCCCUUGUUUUAACGAUGUCGGUGAUAACUAGGCUGUAGUAUUCUAUUCAAAUUACCGGUGAUGGAUUUUCAUUCUGCUGCAAAUAUUCUUUGUUUUCUGAUGCCAUAUUCUGCACUUCCGUCCAUUUGCCAAUCCAGCGCUAUUCUGCGAAACUUCCGAACCUAGUAUUAGCUUUUCGGAAGUCAUGUCUUCCGUGUUAAAUGAAUGUGGUUUCUAAUUGUCUUAGAUCAAAUUUUAUUCUUUCUGAACUGUUUUCUCUUGAUUUAUCUUAAAUUUUGACCGCAUAUGUUCGGGAAAGUGAGUCAAUGGCCAUCUUUCAAAUGUUGGUUGUCUACUUGUCAGCUUGUUUUGCUAAUCUUAUUUUAUUUUGUUUAACUUAUCCAACUAACCCUGUGAUGGUUUCAGUUUUAAAGUUCUAUCUGCUUUAACUGUUUGUCAUUCCCUGUGUUUCAGAGAUACUUUUCUAGAUCAUAACUUCCAUUUCGUAAUUAGGGUACUGAUAAUUUUGUUUUGUAAGACAGCUGUACUUUGUACUCAUUAUCACUUGUAUGAAUCUGAACCACAAAUUUUUCUUAAUAAAAAUGUAUAUUUGAUACAUCAA